CCAUGGUCAGAUUGAAACAGAGGUACAUUCUCUUUGACAUAUUGUACCCCCCUUCAGAGGAACCUGAUAAGACUCUGACUGAAGACUUUCAUAAUUUCAGUAGGUCCCAAAAUGACGCCUUGCUCAGUUUACACCAAUCAUCACCAGCAUCUAUAAGUCAGAAAACGCUCACAAACGCCCUACGGAAAACAAUCCAAGAGGUUUAUGGGGAUUUUGGGUCAGGAACUGCUGCAAUGCAGCUUACAGUAAAAUAUUUCAGUAAUAAAACAUCAACAGGAAUAAUACGAUGUGGAAGACAGUCACAUCGAGUGGUCGUGGCCGCAUUAUCUAUGAUCAACACGGUUGAAGGAAACAGCGUGAUUAUCAGAUGUACGAGAGUAAGUGGUACAAUCAAAAAGUGUGAACAAUACUCAAUUGCAAGGACCCGGGAGUUAAUGAACUUGGUGGGUAAGAAUGAUUCCAUGGAUUUGGAUAACCUCAUGUCUUCCUUCAAGGAAACCCAAAGUGAUGGGGAAUCAUGAUAGGAAGAUUAGCGCCUAUUCCACUCAUUAUUAAGUACUGAUGGCCAUAUUACAAAUGUCACAAAAGAGGGCCCAGUAUUCCCAACAAAAGCAAAUUCGAAUCCUAUCAAGUAGCAUAGUUUAAAGCACAAUAUCUAGAUUGAUCUGUGCGGUUAGACAGUGGGCUGAAUUUAUAGAAAUAAUAGAUAUAAUAAUAACG